AUGCAUUAUCGAGGCGAAAAGUGUGAUAUUCGAUAUACUCAUAUUGAUGUAUCAUUUGAUGAUGAGUCAGUUAUUCCUCAAUCAUUACUUGUUCAUUAUAUAAAAGUUGAAAACAAGGCAGCACCAAUUCAAAUGAGUUUUAUGAAGAAAAUAACAUUUGAUCAAAAAUCAUUUUCAUUAUUUACACCAUUAGAAUUUAAUAUGGUCUUUAUAGAAAUGCUUAAUCAAUAUUAUCUUCUCGUUCUUCGAGAAAAACCUAUUGUAUUAGCUAAGAUAUCUGCCCAAAUUUCAUCAUCUUAUCGAUGUGCAUCAGUGUCCGACACGGAUGAUAAAAUAUGUCCAAUAACAGCAAUGUGUAUUUGUCCGGAUUGUUAUUAUGGAUCACGAUGUCAAUUUUCGACAAAAGGAUUGACUCUUUCAUUAGAUGCGAUUCUUGGUUAUCAAAUAUAUCCAAAUUCAAAUAUUGGAAUCACUCAACAACCAUUGGUUAUCAAAACUGCUAUGGCGAUAACGAUAACAUUGUUUAGUCUUAGUUCGAUCAAUAGUUUUCUAUCAAUUCUUACUUUUCGAAUGCAAGCAACUCGUGAUGUAGGUUGUGGUCUUUAUCUUUAUGUAUCGUCUAUCUUAUCCAUAUUGAUUUUUGUUGGAUUAAUAAUCAAAUUUACCUUUUUAAUUUUAUCACAAAUGAAAUUGACUCAUCAACGUUGGUUAGUAGAAAUACAAUAUAUAAUAAUGGAUUAUCUUCUUCGAAUAUUGCUAAGUUCAAUAGAUUGGCUUCAUGCUUGUGUGGCUAUUGAACGUACAAUGAAUGUUUUUAAAGGAAUUCAUUUUAAUAAAAAGAAAAGUUAA